AUGCACACAUUGACGAUAUUAUACGGUAGUCAAACUGGUACAGCACAAGAUUUAGCUGAAAAAUUUUGGUGUUUAGCUCGUUCAACUGAUUUAUCAUGCAAAUUAUUUGCCUUAGAUGAUAUUGAUUUUGAUUAUUUUAUCAAUAAUUGCAAAUAUGUCCUGUUUAUUGUAUCAACAACCGGUGAUGGUGAUGAACCUGAUAAUAUGCGACAAUUUUGGCGUUCAAUUAUGCGUCGUACUCUAACAAAUAAACAUUUAGAACAUAUUUAUUAUACUCUCAUUGGUUUGGGUGAUUCAAAUUAUCCAAAAUUUAAUUUUGUAGCAAAAAAAUUAUCAAAACGUCUUGAACAAUUGGGUGCAAAUAUGAUAUGUAAUAAAGUAUUAGCAGAUGAUCAACAUCCACACGGAAUUGAUGGUUCUAUUGAUGAAAAAUUUACUAGUGAAUUUUGGCUAAAUUUAUCAAAACUAAUCGGAGUCGAAUUACAACCGAUGCCUGAAAAACGUUUGCCAAGCAAAUAUAAAGUAGAAUGGAUCAAUGAAAAUAACAUAAUCAACUCUAAUUACAGCAAUGGAAAUAGUGAUUAUCAUUAUACAUCAUCCAAUACUGUUCGUCAUAAAUUUUAUUCAGUACCACUGAUUUCUAACAAACGUUUGACACCCAAUGAUCAUUGGCAAGAUGUACGUUUAUUAGAAUUUGAUAUACAAGAUUAUAAACAAGAAUUAAAUUAUCAUUGUGGAGAUGUAGCUGUUAUAUUACCAAACUGUUCAUUAAUUCACAUUGAAACAUUAGCAAAAUUAUUUAAUGUUGAAUUAGAUCAUGAAUUUUAUAUUAGAUCCAUAACUGAUGAUUCCACACCAUAUGAUGAAAAUCGUCUCUAUACUGUUCGAGAAAUAUUUAGUGAAUAUUUACAUAUCAAUCAGGUACCAAAUCGUUCAUUUUUUGAUAAAUUAAUAUGGUUUUCAAAUAAAAAUGAACAUGAAUAUGAAAGAUUAAAAGAGUUAACACAACGAGAAAAUAUUGACGAUUUAUAUACUUAUUGUCAUCGACCACGUCGUACAUGUAUCGAAGUUUUACAAGAUUUUCAUCAAACAACAUCACUAAUUCCAUUUAAUUAUGUUUUUGAUUUAUUCUCUCUUAUUCGUCCACGUUCAUUUUCCAUUGCAUCUAGUCCACUAAUACAUCUAAAUUAUUUACAAUUAAUUGUUGCUGUUGUCAAAUAUAAAACAAUAAUUCAUACACCACGAGAAGGUUUAUGCAGUACUUAUUUAUCAAAACUGAAUAUAAAUGAGCACGUAAAAAUGUAUAUCAAAUCAUCUGGUACAUUUCAUUUAUUCAAUGAUAAUUUACCAGCUAUUAUGAUUGGACCCGGUACAGGGGUUGCUCCAUUUCAUGGUUGGAUAUUGGAACGUGUUUAUCAUUAUGGUUAUCAUAUGAAUAUGUUAUUAUUUGGUUGUCGUAAUAAAAAUGCUGAUGCAUUUUUUGAAAAUGAACAAAAUUGGCAAACAAUGAUUGAUAAUAAACAAUUAGUAUAUAUAGCAGCCUACUCACGUGAUCAAAAUGAAAAAAUAUAUGUACAACAUAAAAUAAUUGAAUAUGGUCAAAUGAUUUGGACAUGGAUACAUGACUUAAAUGCUAGAAUAUAUUUAGCUGGUAAUGCAAAAAAUAUGCCUGAACAAGUGUGUGAUGCACUAAAAACUAUUAUUAUGAAAUAUGCUAAUUUAAAUGAAGAUGAUGCAAAUCAAUAUAUCAAAGAAUUGGAAAAAACAAAACGUUUACAACGAGAAACGUGGUCAUAA